GAUCCUUUGACAUGGAAACCAUCGAAUUCCUUAACCGCACCAGCCGGAGAAAUAUCAAAUCGCAAAUCGGCUGGAAGGUGGCACAGCGAAUGCGGGAAUGGUCAGAGGAUUUGGACGACCGCCGCGGGCAGCUUUAUGUGCAGCUCCACAGAGAGGCGCUGCAGGUGGACGAGGAGGUGGCAGCACUUCUGCGGGCACGCGCCGACGAGGCGGAAAGGAAACGCCACGAAUGGAUUCGCAUGGAGCGUCUGAAGCGGGAGGAGGCUGAGCAGGAGCUGCUGAAAGUGAAGCAGCAGCAGCGGGAAAUCGAGAACUCCGAGGCGCAUCGCCACAUGCAAACCAAACAGAUCCUGUUGGAGAGCAAGCAGGCACAGCUCCAGCAGAUUGAGGAGCGCCAGGCUCUGAGGCGGCGCCAGGCCUGCGUGGAGAUCCUCUGGCAACGGGUGUGGCAGCGUCUGGACGAUAGCCGGGCCCAGCAGGAGCAGUACGAGCAGCAGCUGCGCCGCCUAAUCGGGGGCCAGUGUCAGGCCGAUAAUCUAGCCAGGGAUCAGCAGCAGAAGACACAGCUCCACCAGGAAGUGCUCGCCGAGCAGCGGGCCUGCGCCGAGGCCCUGGAUUUGGCUGCCGAGAAUGACGUAAGGAAGAGGGAAAUGGACCUGCAGCAGAAUGAGGUCAAUCGCCGAAAACAAUUGACCGAUCUUCAGGAUCAAAUCAGCCAGAACCUGAAGCUUGCAGCCAGCCAGGCAGAGGCCAACCACCGCGAGGAUGUGGGCUACAACAUACGCGAGGAUCGACAGAUUUACGAGGAGCUCAUGCAGAAGCACUGCGCCAGGGGACGCAAUCGUGAUUGGCACCAGAGCUACAUGACGCACACGGCUGAGGAGCGGGCUGCCCGUCGCCGCAGUGAGCAAGAGCGGGAGCGCGCCUACCUGGGCACUGGGUGUGUGCUCGGCCAGCAGCAGAAGCAGCCAUAUGGCAGAGCUGUUCGCUGAACAUUGAUAUGAUAUGUCGUCACGCCUCAUAUUUGGAUACCGAUCGA